AACCAACACCAUGUGUGGCUACUACGGAAACUACUAUGGCGGCAGAGGCUAUGGCUGCUGUGGCUAUGGAGGCUAUGGCUAUGGAGGCCUGGGCUGUGGCUAUGGAGGCUAUGGCUAUGGAGGCCUGGGCUGUGGCUAUGGCUGCUAUGGCUAUGGAGGCCUGGGCUGUGGCUAUGGCUGUGGCUACCGUGGACUAGGCUGUGGCUAUGGCUGUGGCUAUGGCUAUGGCUCACGCUCUCUGUAUGGCUGUGGCUAUGGUUGUGGCUCUGGCUAUGGAUCUGGAUUUGGCUACUACUGAAGAUACCAUGGGAGACUCUAAACCGUCUCCAGGACUUUCUAUUUUUAAGCUCAUAUAUUCUAAGCCUCCUUCUUAGAUGCUGAGGAUCUUUAUUACAUGUUUUUGACACAAUUUUACUGAAAUUUUGGUGUCCUGUUCCUUCUAGGUUUACUAUGUCCUAUUAACCCUUUUGAUGAUUUGUAGUAAAAAAAAAAAAUGGAAGAAUGUGAAAUACAUAGUCU